UCUAAUCUAGACUGUAGAUGCAAAUAGUCGAAAAACGUCCUACCAAUCAUUUGCAUGGAGAAAAAGGUCAUUUGAAAAAGUUCAUACAUUCUCCAUCAGUGGAGUGUGCGAAGGAUUCCGUGAACGUUUCCAGAGGUGGAAAAGGCUUGUCUUUAGUAUGAUUUUGAGCAUUGGUACAGCUACACUUUCACUGGAAUAGAGGAUUGACCUUCUCAAUCUUUGUAGUACCAGACCUGAAACUGCAGCAUCAUGGAAACCGAGUAUUCUAAAAGGGUCUAUCAAGGGGUGAGGGUCAAGCACACAGUGAAAGAUCUACUGGCAGAGAAACGACAAAAUCAAACAAAUGGACCAAGAUACAGUGGAGGAACAUCCAGCCAAUCAUCAUUUGUUCAAAUGCCAGGGUCUCACAUGAUCCCCAGCUACUACGGCAUGAGGCGACCUUUCAUCUCCGACUCGGACUUCUCUCCCAAGCAGUUCUCGGGCGAGGUCUACUCCUCAUCCCUGGGUGGCAAGCCUCUAGGUUGUGACCCAUCGGCCAUGUCUGGCUACCCGUCCGUCAUAGACAGCUACUACCCGGAAACGUUCGGAGACUACCGUAGUGCAGCCUUCACCACCGGAGGGAGCUCCAUCUUCCCCAGCUCAGCCCUGUCCACUCUGCUACCACCUUUCUCUGGAGAGUCCCCCCACUUUCUCCUGAGGGAUUCGUGGGAGCAGCCAGUGGCAGACCCAGUGACCCAGGGAGAGGGUUUGUGUGCAGACGGCCUGACCUCUGUUCCAGUCUCCCUGCCAAGCCCCGACCCUCCCGGGAGCCCGUCACAGUACCGCUGCUCCACUCGUAGCUCCUCCAUGGCCUCGGCACAGCCCUAUGCCCUUCACCCUCUGGAAGAAGUACACUACCACACCUCUUACCCUGCUGCCUCCACUUUCACAUGUCCUUCCUAUAUGACUGUCUCCAACGACCUAGCCUCCAAGAUGGCCCCUCUAGCUAAUGAGGACUCUGACAGUACCCUCGCCACACAUAGUGACACGCACUCGUGGGUGAAAGAAGAUGGUGGAAGCUCUUGGUCGCCAUAUGAGAUUCGGAGGUCUUAUUAAAUCCCUUUGGAAACAUCCUGUCCUUCACAGAAAACCAAAACAAUGCAGAUGCAAGUGACUCAGCUCCUUGUGGUCCAAAUAUUGACUUUGUAGACUUUGCUAAUCUUUUUU